AUGCCGAUUGGUGGGUCACUUGUGGGCACCAAUCAAACAGGAAUGUUAGACAUUUUGAAAAGAUUAACAUUUUAUUGUAUUUUAUAUGCGUCUCUAAGUUCAGCAAAAGAGGCAGAAGAUACAAAAGCAGCUGAAACAGAUUUGGAAUCUCAUGGUAGUCCUGGCAUAGUCAUAUUAUAUUCGAAAAGUUCUCCAAGAAAGGAAUAUGAAUACCCUGAUAACUUCAGGUUGUUUGAAAAUCCGUCAAGCAUUAACGCUCUGGGGCCAUCAAACAAAGCAAAACAUGGAGCACCUCAACCUUCCUGCGCUAACGAUGAGCCAUACUGUCUUUUCAAUAGGGAAUAUCCAGAAGACAAAGUACAUGAAAUUAUUAAUAAUUAUCAUGAUGAUGUUCACCAUAUGUACCACGGACUCAAUCAUUACCCUAUAAAAGAUUACAUCACUCAUGACAACUUUACUCAUGGUUACAGACACAAAGGCAGUUUUGUUUGUGAAUCGGACGUGGCCUACAUCCGACCUGGAUGGGCAAAAAAUUGGAAAAACGAAUGGGUUGCAGUUGUCAAUACAAACAAGUAUCCGCAAAGCAUUCGAAUCGAGAAGUGCAAGUAUGGAGGGAAGAAAUGCGAAUAUCUUCCUUCAUGUUAUAAAUCAUUUUGUGUUCAGCGAUAUACUUAUGUAAAAUUGUUAUGUGUAGAUCCUUUCAACCCGCAUUAUCGACCAGUGGUGGAUGUGUUUGAAAUUCCUAGUGGUUGCUCUUGUUUUGUCGAAGAUUUUGUUUAUUAUUAAAAAUGAAUUACGUAUUCAAAUUUAUUUUAAUUUUAUUAUAAGUUACAAAAGAAACAAUAAAUAUUGACG